CGGGCGGGGCGGGCUGCAGGCGGGGUCCGACUCUGGGGCCAGUCCGGGCCACGGUUGGGACCCAGUCGAGGGUCGGACUGGUCAGGGUUCAGGCGGGAUCCGGCGUCCGAGUCCUGGUGGGCUGGCCUGGGGCAGGAUCUGGCUCUGGCUGCCGGUCCUGACCUGGGUCAGGGUUGGGCCUCCGAUCCAGCCCGCCCCGGGGCAGGGUUCAAUCCCGCACUUGCCGAAGUCCCUGGGGCUGGCCGGCGUGGAAGACGGGGAGGGCUCUAUGUCUGGGAAGGGGCUCUGAAGACCACGUGGGGGCGCUCGAAGGGGCCUGGGGCCACCCUCCUCUCUGGGUCAAAGGUCAUCGCACCGGCAGGGGAGAACUUCCUCCUCCUUGCCUCUCCCCACUUACUUCCUGAUAACCUGGUAGAGGUCUCCCGCGGGCGGGGAGGGGGAGGCGUAGCAACUUUAGGCAACUUCCCAAAGGUGUGCGCAGGUUGGGGCGGGACGCAGCGCCCCGGGAGGUGGCGGCCUCUGCGACAGCGGGAGUAUAAGAGUGGACCUGCAGGCUGGUCGCGAGGAGGUGGAGCGGCGCCCGCCGUGUGCCUGGGAUCGGCAUGCUGGGGCAGGAGGGCAGCCGCGUGUCAGGUGUGAAAAGCUCUGUGACCAGCGCCAUGUCCAGCCAGGUGGUGGGCAUUGAGCCUCUCUGCAUCAAGGCAGAGCCGGCCAGCCCUGACAGUCCAAAGGGUUCCUCGGAGACGGAGACUGAGCCUCCUGUGGCCCUGGCCCCUGGUCCAGCUCCCACCCGCUGCCUCCCAGGCCACAAGGAAGAGGAGGAUGGGGAGGGGGCUGGGCCUGGAGAGCAGGGCGGUGGGAAGCUGGUGCUCAGCUCCCUGCCCAAGCGCCUCUGCCUGGUCUGUGGGGAUGUGGCCUCCGGCUACCACUAUGGUGUGGCAUCCUGUGAGGCCUGCAAAGCCUUCUUCAAGAGGACCAUCCAGGGGAGCAUCGAGUACAGCUGUCCAGCCUCCAACGAGUGUGAGAUCACCAAGCGGAGACGCAAGGCCUGCCAGGCCUGCCGCUUCACCAAGUGCCUGCGGGUGGGCAUGCUCAAGGAGGGAGUGCGCCUGGACCGCGUCCGGGGUGGGCGGCAGAAGUACAAGCGGCGGCCAGAGGUGGACCCACUGCCCUUCCCGGGCCCCUUCCCUGCUGGGCCCCUGGCAGUCGCUGGAGGUCCCCGGAAGACAGCCCCAGUGAAUGCACUGGUGUCUCAUCUGCUGGUGGUUGAGCCUGAGAAGCUCUAUGCCAUGCCUGACCCCGCGGGCCCGGAUGGGCACCUCCCAGCUGUGGCUACCCUCUGUGACCUCUUUGACCGAGAGAUCGUGGUCACCAUCAGCUGGGCCAAGAGCAUCCCAGGCUUCUCAUCACUGUCGCUGUCUGACCAGAUGUCAGUACUGCAGAGCGUGUGGAUGGAGGUGCUGGUGCUGGGUGUGGCCCAGCGCUCACUGCCACUGCAGGAUGAGCUGGCCUUCGCUGAGGACUUAGUCCUGGAUGAAGAGGGGGCACGGGCAGCUGGCCUGGGGGAACUUGGGGCUGCCCUGCUGCAACUAGUGCGGCGGCUGCAGGCCCUGCGGCUGGAGCGAGAGGAGUAUGUUCUACUGAAGGCCCUGGCCCUUGCCAAUUCAGACUCUGUGCACAUCGAAGAUGCCGAGGCUGUGGAGCAGCUGCGAGAAGCUCUGCACGAGGCCCUGCUGGAGUACGAAGCCGGCCGGGCCGGCCCCGGAGGGGGUGCUGAGCGGCGGCGGGCGGGCAGGCUGCUGCUCACACUACCGCUCCUCCGCCAGACAGCGGGCAAAGUGCUGGCCCAUUUCUAUGGGGUGAAGCUGGAGGGCAAGGUGCCCAUGCACAAGCUGUUCUUGGAGAUGCUCGAGGCCAUGAUGGACUAAGGCAAGGGGUGGGACUGGUGGGGGUUCUGGCAGGACCUGCCUAGCAUGGGGUCAGCCCCAAGGGCUGGGGUGGAGCUGGGGUCUGGGCAGUGCCACAGCCUGCUGGCAGGGCCAGGGCAAUGCCAUCAGCCCCUGGGAGCAGGCCCCACGCCCUCUCCUCCCCCUCCUAGGGGGUGUCAGAAGCUGGGAACGUGUGUCCAGGCUCUGGGCACAGUGCUGCCCCUUGCAAGCCAUAAUGUGCCCCCAGAGCUUAGGGGGCCUUGCGGAAGCCAUAGGGGGCUGCAGGGGAUGUGUGGGAGGCAGAAGCCUAUCUCAGGGAGGGAAGGGGAUGGAGGCCACAGUCUCCCUGUGGGUGAUGCUUUUGCUGCUGCUUAAUCCUACCCCCUCUUCAGAGCAGAGUGGGACUUGGAGAGCAAAGGCCCAUGCCCCCUUCGCUCCUCCUCUCAUCAUUUGCAUUGGGCAUUAGUGCCCCCCCUUGAAGCAAUAACUCCAAGCAGACUCCAGCCCCUGGACCCCUGGGGUGGCCAGGGCUUCCCCAUCAGCUCCCAACAAGCCUCCUCAGGGGGCAGGAGAGCACUGCCUCUAUGCCCUGCAGAGCAAUAACACUAUAUUUAUUUUUGGGUUUGGCCAGGGAGGCGCAGGGACAUGGGGCAAGUCAGGGCCCAGAGCCCUUGGCUGUACAGAGACUCUAUUUUAAUGUAUAUUUGCUGCAAAGAGAAACCGCUUUUGGUUUUGAACCUUUAAUGAGAAAAAAAUAUAUAAUAUCGAGCUCAAGAA